CUGUUUCAUAUUAUGCGCCGUGUAACCGGAAAAAGAAUUUGUAAACACGCUAAAAUAAAUAAGAAUUUUAUUUUCUUUUUCAUUCUUAUUCACCAUGACCUAAAAAAAAGUCUCCUGAAGUAACUAUGCCAGCAAAACAAAGGAAAAUAGCUCUUAUGGGCUUCAGAUCUGUUGGUAAAUCAAGUCUCACUAUACAGUUUGUAGAAAAUCAAUUUGUUGAUUCCUAUGAUCCAACUAUUGAGAACACUUUUCAGAAAACAGUUAUGAUAAGUGGCCAAGAAUAUGCCUUACAACUAGUAGAUACAGCUGGUCAGGACGAGUAUUCUAUACUACCUCAGUCAUAUUUCAUGAAUAUAGAUGGGUACAUUCUAGUUUACUCUGUCAACUCUCAGAAGAGUUUUGAAGUGAUACAGUUUGUGUAUGACAAGUUAUUAGAUAUGAAGGGAAAUAUUGGAAGUAUACCUGUAGUGCUGGUAGGGAAUAAAUGUGAUCUGGCUAUGGAAAGGGAAGUUUCACAAGAGGCAGGAAGAAGAUGUGCUGAGAAAUGGAAAAUUCCUUUUCUGGAGGCUUCAGCAAAGGAAAAUCAGAGCGCCAAAAAAGUUUUUGAACAGAUAGUGACUACAAUAGAGAAAGCUUCUGGCAAUGUGCCAGACCAGAAAGGAUGUAUAUUGUCAUAGAAACGUUAAACAAAGUUGACAGUGGAGUAUAUCAAUACAGAUUCUGUAAUAUAAUGAUGAUUUUGAAUAUAAUUUUGUUAUGUUAAGCACAAUGUUCGUUUAUCAUUUAUGUGAACUUGUAUAACUUUAUUGCUGUGAAUGUUAGCAUUAUAAUUGCCCAGGUAGAUUAUCAUCAUUAUAUCAUUAAUUAAGUUUAAACAUAUUUUAUUCCUUUCAAUUUUUACAAUAUGUACAAUGCAAAUAUAUAGAAUGAAAAAUAUAUAAAUACAUUUUGAAAGAAGAAGGGUUGGACCACAAGUUCAAAUAACAGUAGUAAAUCGGUGUGUCCCUAACUAAUUAAUAAACUGAUCUCCUAAAUGAUGUUAGGGAGUAGAUAUUUUAACAGUUAUGCGGUUAUAUCUAGUAAUAGGUAUAUUUAAGUACAUAUUAAUUAAAUAAUUUUUGCUGUUAUCACAUAAGUAAAUAUGUAAUCAUGAUUUUUUGUGUCGCCUCUACGGAGUAGUGGCGACAUAUAGGGAUCACUUCUCCGUCGUCUGUCCGUCUGUCUGUCUGUCCAUCCGUCCGUCACAAAACUUGUCCGGACUACCCCUCAUAAACUACUGGUGCAAUUUCAUCCAAACUUUACAGGAAUGAUCAGUACCAAGUCUUGUUGUGCAUAUUGUCAGCAUUUUCCGGUUCAAUGAUUUUUGUCAGAGUUAUGGCCCUUUAAUAAUUUUUAAUUUUAAAGUUUGUCCGGACUACUUCUCUCAUACCACUAAUGCAAUUUCAAUGAAACUUUACAGGAUUGAUCUGUAGCUCAAGUCCUUGCGCAUAUUGCACGGGUUUUCCGGUUGAAUGAUUUUUGGCCGAGUUAUGGCCCUUUGAUAAAAAGGUGUUUUUUCUGUGUGUUGCCAGAUACACAAAAGCUUGUCCGGACUACUCCUCAUAAACUACUGGUGCAAUUUCAUCCAAACUUUACAGGAAUGAUCAGUACCAAGUUUAGUUGCGCAUAUUGUCAGCUUUUUCCGGUUCAAUGAUUUUUGUCAGAGUUAUGGCCCUUUAAUAAUUUUUAUUUUUAAAGUUUGUUCGGACUACUUCUCUUAUACCACUAAUGCAAUUUCAAUGAAACUUUACAGGAUUGAUCUGUAGCUCAAGUCCUUACGCAUAUUGCACGGGUUUUCCGGUUGAAUGAUUUUUGGCCGAGUUAUGGCCCUUUGAUAAAAAGGUGUUUUUUUCUGUGUGUUGCCAGAUACACAAAAGCUUGUCCGGACUACUCCUAAUUAACUACUGGUGCAAUUUUAUCCAAACAUUACAUGAAUGAUCAGUACCAAGUCUAGUUGUGCACUGUCUGUCUGUCUGUCCGUCUGUCACAAAAUUUGACCCAACAUGAAAUUGGCCAGCAUGAGGCGACACAUGUGAUUACUGAUCGCUCUUGUCUCAUUAUUGUUAUUAAGCAAGAUUGUAAUAGUUACAUAUUAAACAGAAAGAUUUAAUAUAUUAACUAAAGAAAAGGUAAGUGUUUAUUAGUAAGCAUUUACAAAAUUAAAUUGGUCAGGUAUGGCACAGUCUUUCGACCAAUUUAUUGUAGUAAAUGCUUACAAAUAAAUACUAACCAUGACUUGUAAGUAUUUGAAAUUAUUUUUGUAAAACUGUUGAUUUACUAGACUGAUUAAAAAUUAGUUGAUUUACCAAAGUAAAUGUGUUAUGAUUCAUGGUAAAUUCUACAAUUCUAUUGGACAGUAAAUAAUUUCAAAAACAAAGUCUUUAUUUGCCUGAGCAAUUAUCUGUAAAGUUGGUUAAAUCUAAGACAGUAUGUAGAUAUUGUUGCUCAUAUUUUGGGAUAUUUGAGCCGUGUCACAACAAAACCAACAUAAUGGGUUUGCGACCAGCAUGGAUCCAGACCAGCCUGCGCAUCGGCGCAGUCUGAUCAGGAUCCAUGCUGUUCGCUUACCAACUCUAUAACAAGUAGAGAAACUGAUAGCGAACAGCAUGGAUCCUGAUCAGACUGCGCGGAUGCGCAGGCUGGUCUGGAUCCAUGCUGGUCGCAAACCCAUUAUGUUGGUUUUGUCAUGACGCGGCUCAUUUUUUCUUUCUCGUUUUUCAUUUUCAACAAUGUGAUAGUCUGUUUUAAAGCACAGGUCAUGGAUCAUAUUGUCAAAACUUAGGUAAAUCAUUCUUUUAUGUUUUCAUGCAAUUUCUGAUAUCACUUAUAAGAAGGCAUUGUAUUUUCAUUGAUGAUUGAAUGAAAUGUUAAGAUUUUCCAAAGUUGAUAAUAUAAGCAUUGCAAAAAAUUGUACACUGUAAAAUGUAUCAAUGUCUGGUACUUAAUCCCUAGUUUUUUCUGUCAUUGUUUUUCACUAUAGGUCCAUCAUAUACAUAGUUUGUGUAUUUUCGUGUUCCAGUUUUGUCUUAUUGUAUAUUGUUAUUAUUGUGAAUGAAAGGUAUAUUUAUUUAUGAGGUUCCUAGUCUAUAAAGGUAGAUUAUAGACCUGUACACAGAUGUGGGAGUUUCGAACUGUUGACUUAACAGUUUCAGUGAAUAGAGACAUGUCUAAAAUCUCAAAACUUGGGAACAAGUUUAGCAAGAACUAAAUUAGGUUUGAUUCAAGGAUUGAUUGUAUGUUAUACCUGUUGCUAUACUUAUGAAAAUACAGGUUAUAUAUGAUGUACUGUUUGUAGAUAAUUUCUGUCUUAGAUACACUGUUUAUGAUACAUAAGUUUUAAGCAUUUUAGCCAAAUCUAUACUUGUUAAUUUCAUAUGUUUAGAAUAGUGUAUUAUAAUACUGCAUGUUUGUAAUGUCGCUUUUCAUUGGGUAAUCAUGAAGUUUAUAUAAACUAUAUACAUAGCUGCAAUCAAUUUAUGAAGAAUUUUCUUCUUUUUGUUUCUCUCUAAUAAAGGAAAUUUGCUGUAUUAGAAGUUUGUUAAUAAAAUUGAGCUGCGUCAUGACAAAACUAAUCAGGACCCAUGCUGUUCGCUUACAAACCCUAUUACAAGUAGAGAAACUGAUAGCGAACAGCAUGGAUCCUGAUCAGACUGCGCGGAGGCGCAGGCUGGUCUGGAUCCAUGCUGGUCGCAAACCCACUACGUUGGUUUUGUCGUGACACGGCUCAAAUGUUCUUGACAGGUUAUACAUGUAUGGGUGUUAAAAUAAAUGGUUGUGUGUUAUAUAGCUCUUACCCAGCAGCUUGGGUAAUAUAUGCAAACAACAUUUUAUAUAGGGUCAUAUAACCUGUCAGAAAUCUUAUAACUAAUUAUAAUUAUACAAGUGCUUAUUAAACAUAUCUUAGUAAGUCAGUAUAAACUGUUUAUACAUAGUUUUAAUUAUUAUAAUUGAAUAUAAAUGUUGAGAACUGUAGCAGUGACUAGAAAUGACUGUUUUAGGUCACAACUGUCUGCCAUGGUGCUAAAACAAUAUAACUUUGACUUGACAAACUCGCAUCUUAUACUCAGAAAAUCCGCUGAAAUACACUUGUUUAAAUUGUAAUGGAAAGGAAAAUAUAAGAAAAUCUGUACAUGACAUAAGUUAAUUUUAAAAAUCAACAUAAGAAUCUGUUCAAAAUGUAAUGAUUGACUUACCUUAUAGAAUAGUUUUACUGUCUAUUGCUUGAUGUAUCUGUAUCUGAUAUAGUUGCUUGAAGAGAGAUAAAUAAUUGAGCCGCGUCACGACAAAACCAACAUAAUGGGUUUGCGACCAGCAUGGAUCAAGACCAGCCUGCGCAUCCGCGCAGUUUGAUCAGGAUCCAUGCUGUUAGCUAUCAGUUUCUCUACUUGUGAUAGGGUUUGAAAGCCAACAGCAAGGAUCCUGACCAGACAGCGUGGAUGCGCAGGCUAGUCUGGAUCCAUGCUGGUCGCAAACCCAUUACGUUAGUUUUGUCGUGACGCGGCUCAUAUAUUAGAUAGAGAUAGUUGAUAUUUAAGAUAUACAAGCUGGUAUUAUAUUUGACUUUUCUAUGUUUUCUUUCAAUAUGUUAUAAGUUUCUUUUAUCUUGCAUAAAUCCUAAAUUUGAGAAGUACCAGAAAAGGACUUCUUGCUUUUGAUGUUUUUGCAAGUUUUGCAGUUGACAAUUGAUCAGACGAUGGGUGUUUUACUUAUUUUAUUUCUGGCUUACAAAAUAAAAUAAAAAUCAAUUGUACUUAAUUAUGUUCAAUUUCAAAUAUUGUAAAAAUGCAUCACAUAUUCAUUUGUUGUUAUGAUUUUAGUUUUGAAUAAAAGCCUAACUCAUGUUGUAAUAUUAUUGUGAAUUUAUAGACUAAUAAGUCACUAUAGAUGUUCUAUGAUUUUAAUAUACUUCUAUCAGGUGUAUCCAGGUGUACACGGUAAAUGUCAAUCAUUUAUAAUUAACAUCAGAAGAUUUCAGCCAUAGAUCUUUGUAUAUCACUGUAAACUAGUGGUGAACUUCAAUCUGUCAUACCAACAUCAUAAAUGAUCUGAUAUAUAAUACAAUUAGUUAGAAGAAAACAAUUGUUGAUGUAGGUUUAAAGAGACAUUAUGCACAUACAAGUGUAAAUGGUCAGUGAAUGGGUAAAAUGUAGGUUUAAGAUGUUGAUGGUGUUUGUACAACUUCUACACUUACUGAUACAUCAGCAAGUAUAACACCGUAUAUUAUAUACAAUGAUCAAGUUUCGUAGCACUGCUAGUAAUACAUGCAAUACCUGGUCACUUUAUGUCUUAUCAUUAAUUGUAUGAUCUGUCUUAUGUAUGUGUGCUGUAUAUUUUAUCUUUGUUCAUCAAAUGCUAUGACAUGCUGUUAAAUUCUUUGACACUUAAAAAAAAUAAAAUCUGGUCUUCUUGUACAAUAAAUACAAUAAAUUGAUUGUUACAUGAAAUAUGCAUACAUAUAUCAAUUAAAGUGUGUGGUGUGAGAA